AUGCUUGGCCGCGCGGAUCCUUUGCGAGUGGAAAGGCGACCCAAUCCCACGCAGGUCGACGCGUACCUCAACAACUAUAUCCUCCAACAGAUCCCCAAGAGACCAGGCGAGCACUACGAAUUACGCCAGAACUACAAGGAAGGGAUCGCACCUACGAAUUAUAUCAUGUCCACAGCAAUCACUCUCAAACCGAAAUUCACCUUGUCUGCAGGGCCAGAGUAUCCAGGCUGCCAAUUCCUUGUCACUGUCAGGGAUUCAAUGUUGGUCGUCGUUCUCGGAAAGCACUGGCCAUGGUCAACUGUCUCGUACGCGUACCACAAAAUAGCGACUAAAGAGCCCAUGGUGAUGAGCAUGAUGUUAGCUAGUGCUGCGAGGGAGAUCUACCGGUCUAGACUCUAUGACAAGGAAAAGUCCCUCGGACAUUUGCCGAGCAGUGAACAACCGGACAUGGAUGGCAGGGCACAUUACGGGCGAGCUUUGUCGAGUCUGAGAGAAGCUCUCAAACAAGAGGUGAAAUCUCCACAGCAAAUCGAGGCUAUUUUCAUCACACUUUGGUUGAUGAUAGAUUAUGAGAACCGCUUUGGCAGCGGUGCUUCCGCGAUCAAUAUCCAUAUCCGGGGUAUUGAGACACUUCUCUACAACCACAUUGUCCCUUUGCUCGAGUGCCACACGCGCCCAGCUGCCAUUAUGGACUGCCGAGUACCCUCGCAGCAACCUAAGCCCCACAUGAACGUUUCAACUUUGGAUGAACAUGCAAGCAAUAGUGACUCUGCUACUCUUGCUCCACCCGCAGGGUCGACAGGCGGACUGGGAGGCACGUGUGUCCCUCUUUUCCUUCUUUGGACACUAUACUUCUUCACUCCUGCAGCUCUUUUCUUUGGCUCUGGAACAGGACGGCUGGACACUGACAUUUUUCGGUUUUUCUUACAGUCUGAGACCGGAAAUAGUGCGCUUAGCCUUUCUGAACUCUACAGGCUGAGCAGGCAGUCCCCUUCACGAUUCUGGGGCGAUGGGUACCCGAUGUCGUCCCAGUUGGAUGAUUUAGAAAAUCUUCCGGGCUUGACACUAUACCACCGUAGCCAUGUGAUUCAAUUCAAAAUUACAGAAAUGUUCAAACAUACUUCAGGUCAUACCAGCUUCGGGGAAGAUUCUCCAUACCAGCGGAUCGCCAAUGAGAUAAACACAUUGUCUAUUGAGUACGAUACACUCCUCACCUCCGCCAAAUUGUCCCCCUCCUGCGAUGUCGCUGGCAACCGUCGCGUUAUGGAGACCAUUUUCUGGUCAGCCAUCACAUAUUACGGCACGGUUGUCUAUUUCCAUCUCUGCUUCGAGGAUCUCGCAGCCCGCCAGCCCGAGUUCCAAACCAGCAUGAUCCCUCUAACCACUGCGGUGUCUUUAGUCCUUGAACUGAGUUUAAAACUGCACCGAAGCCGGCCGCGUCUUUUAGUCCGGAUCACCUGGCCAUUAUUCAUUGCGGGCAUCGCAACUUCGGACCAGAUCUAUCAAGACUGGGUGUCUAUCCGUCUACGGGAGCUUGGGAAAUACGGGCAAAAUUAUGAUCGAAUCAGUAGACGGUUUGAUGAAAUUAGCCGGGGGGGGCCACUCUUACUUUCAUGA